AUGGCGCCUUUAGACCUGGAUAACUAUGCGGAGAUCGCAAAACAGUGUAAAUAUCUCCCAGAGAACGACCUUAAGAGAUUAUGCGACUAUGUCUGUGACCUGCUGCUGGAGGAGUCCAAUGUCCAGCCUGUGUCCACUCCUGUGACGGUGUGCGGAGACAUACAUGGACAGUUUUAUGAUCUUUGUGAACUUUUUCGAACUGGUGGCCAAGUUCCUGACACAAACUACAUCUUUAUGGGCGACUUUGUUGACCGUGGCUACUACAGUUUGGAAACAUUCACCUAUUUGCUGGUGCUCAAAGCCAAGUGGCCGGAUCGCAUCACGCUUCUUAGAGGAAACCACGAGAGUCGACAAAUCACCCAAGUUUAUGGCUUUUAUGAUGAAUGUCAGACCAAAUAUGGAAAUGCCAAUGCCUGGCGUUAUUGCACUAAAGUCUUUGAUAUGUUGACAGUAGCAGCUUUGAUGGACGAGCAGGUCCUAUGUGUCCACGGCGGCCUUUCUCCAGACAUCAAAACGUUGGACCAGAUUCGGACGAUCGAACGGAACCAGGAGAUCCCACACAAAGGAGCGUUCUGUGACCUGGUCUGGUCCGACCCUGAAGAUGUGGAUACUUGGGCCAUCAGUCCCAGAGGAGCCGGCUGGCUGUUUGGAGCCAAAGUCACAAAUGAGUUUGUCCACAUCAACAACCUGAAGCUGAUCUGCCGCGCUCACCAGCUUGUGCACGAGGGCUAUAAGUUCAUGUUCGACGAGAAACUUGUCACCGUGUGGUCUGCACCCAACUACUGCUACCGCUGCGGCAACAUCGCCUCCAUCAUGGUGUUCCAGAACGCAGACACCCGGGAGCCCAAGCUGUUCAGAGCUGUGCCUGAUUCAGAGAGGGUCAUUCCUCCCAGAACCACAGUCCCAUACUUCCUGUAG